AUGGCGACAAGACAAAGAAAACGGAAAGUUGCUGUGAAGUUGCAGAAAUUGGAAAUGGCCCCUGUGGACCUCCAGGGAGCCGUCCGACGAUCAUCACGAAAGGCCCUUGCACCUAAACGCCUCAUGUACUCUUCUGAAGGCAACACAGCUGAAAAAUCAGGGAAGAAAAGGAGGAUGAAAACGCGCUAUAACAAAACCACCCAAUAUAACAGAAAAGACAUCAAGGAGGAGGAGGAGGAUGUUCAAAGUAGUGAUGUGGAGGAUACAUCUGGUGAACAUGGAGGACUUUCAGCAUAUGAACUGGAGCGACUGGAGAACAUCAGACAGAACCAAGCGUUCCUGUCCUCCAUCAACUUAUUCCAGGCAACUAAGGAGCUGAAGCAGUUGACACAGCCCAAGCCAUCGCAGAGGGGUUUCAUGAGGUCACAGGCUGCUGUAAAAGAAGUGCUGCCAGCUCGCAGAUCCCUUCGCCUCCAAAACAAAAAGGCAGAGAUCUUGACGCUUCCCCCUGAACCCAGAGGGAUGCUGAUCCAUGAACAGUCUUCACCACUGAAGAAGCCUCCUGGCCCUCUUCCCAUGAAUCCAAUCAACAUGGAAGAGGGAAGCAAGCUGCCUUCACAACUUCUUGAGCUCUGGUCCGAGGAUUCAAAAGAAGAGAGAAAGAUAGAGCUUGAUCUGAAAGGGUACCGCUCAGCCAUUAUGAACAUGAGGAUAACUGAGGACCGAGUGGCCAAAGUGGUGAAGGACCGCAUCUUCUCUGCUGCCUUCCACCCCUGCACCGGCAGCCUGCUGAUGGCUGCAGGAGACAAGUGGGGAAAAGUUGGACUCUGGAAGCUGGGUGGUGAUUGGGACGAUGAUGGUGUGCUGGUUCUUGAGCCCCACACUCGUCCAGUGGGCUGCAUGGCGUUCUCCACAGCUCAUCCCAUCCACCUGCUGAGCCUCAGCUAUGACGGCUCUCUACGCUGCAUGGAUGUAGAGAAGGCCGUCUUUGAUGAUGUGUACGACAUCGACGAUGGCCUGAAAACGUUUGACUUCAUGUCACAUGACUGUUCCACAUUAGUGGUUGGGAACUGGUAUGGAGAAGUUGCUAUGGUGGAUAGACGCACCCCAGGGAAUUCACACGAGUCCCUCCACCGGUUGGACCCCAAGACUCUGCGUUGUGUUAGCGUCCACCCUUUACAGAGGCAGUACUUUGCUGUGGCAGAAAGCAAGGUAGUGCGUAUUUAUGACAGCAGAUGCCUGAAGAAGACCAACAGCCAGGCAGUCUCCCAGCUGCAUGGCCACUCUUUAAGCAUAUCCAGCGCUUAUUUCUCCCCUUGUACAGGGAACAGGGUCCUCACCUCCUGUAUGGAUGACAACAUAAGGAUAUACGACACAUCUGCAAUGACUACUAAAGCUCCCUUGCUGACAUCCAUCAGACAUGACAUGCACACCGGGCGCUGGCUGACCAAACUAUCUGCUGUGUGGGACCCCAAACGGGAAGAUUGUUUUGUGGUGGGAAGCAUGUCGAGGCCUCGGAGGGUUCAAGUGUUCCACGAAAACGGCCAGCUGCAGCACUCCUUCACAGAUGGCGAGCACCUUAACACCGUGCUGUCCGUCACAGCUUUCCACCCCACCAGGAACGCCUUACUGGGCGGCAAUGCGUCAGGGCGCCUGCACGUGUUCUCUGACUGA